GAGGCUAACAGAUUGAAGGUUGGUGUGUUUCGAGGCCAGGAGGGUGGCCGAGUAAGCCAUGUGCAUUCAAAGGGUAUGUAUGGUGUAUGCUCUCCUCUCGUCGGCCCAGCCUCGGGUGUGGCCACAGCACCAAUCGACCAAUGGUGCGUCUUCGCCGUGAUGACAGGGUCUCACAAUGAGGCAUGCAUAAAAGGAGAUUUCCGGCUUUGGCACCGACUGAAGGCCAGAUCACAGCGCCUGUACGUGUGUCGUUGCCUCGUUCUACCGCCUAUGGAGGCCAGCCUCUGUCUGCGGUUGCCCGGUCUGGUAGAGCCGCGUCGCAGUGUCUACCCCUCCUUUGGGGGCAUCGCUUCAGGCCCUUUUGGCAGACGUGCAUGCAUCAGAGUCGUGGCUCCCUUCGUACCCUUCUGUACCCUCUCGCCUGCCCCUCGUCCGGACGACAGCGUCGACUGGAUCGGUUACAUUCCACGCAGGCGUUUGCCCUCCUCACCAGCGCUGCCAAUGCGAGUCUCUCACUUUUGGCAUGCUUCUACUCGUCUCUAG